AGCAUACCUACAAAAAAUAUGCUUGGCAACAUUGUUUUAUAUGAAAUACAAUAUCAGAAGUUCAGAGAUACGAUACGAGAUACGGAAUACAGAAUUAGUAUACCUAUUUAACAUUUUGUUGAGCAGUAAAUAGCGUGAAUGUUGUGAUUUAUAUUUUCAUUUACGAACGAGACCCACAAAGAAUUAUGUCCACUCAAUUAAAGUUUGGAAUACUUACAGUUAGUGAUAGCUGCCAUUUAGAACCUUUGAAGGACCAAUCAGGACCAAAAUUAAUAGAAGAGGUCCUUAAACAUUUCCCGUGUUCAUUAUGCACUCCAAAAAUUGUUCCAGAUCACUUAGAUGAAAUAACAAAUACCCUCGUUCAAUGGUCUAAUGAAAAAUAUAAUGUUAUUUUAACUACAGGGGGUACCGGAUUUUCAAGCAGAGAUGUUACACCAGAGGCAACCCUUAACGUUAUAGAAAAAAAAGCUCCAGCACUUACGUAUGCCAUGACUUCGAACAGUUUAAAAAUUACGCCCAUGGCAAUGCUAUCCAGAGCAGUAUGUGGUAUUAGGUCACAAACAUUAAUUAUAAACUUGCCAGGUAGCAAAAAAGCAGCAAUUGAAUGUUUCGGAUUUAUAAAAGAUGUAAUACCUCAUGCUGUGGCUCUUUUAACCGAUCAGAAAGAAUCGGUUGCUUCUCUACAUAAUAAAAUGCAACGUGGUGGAAGUAUUGAUGUCCAGCCAUCAACACGAAACAAUGAAAUGACACCUAGCAAGGUAAAAUUAAAGGUGGCAGCCAGAGAUCGAAAAUCUCCUUACCCAAUGAUAGAAGUUUCCAAGGCAUUUGAGAUUGUAUUAAGAGAGUGUACUCAAACUCAAUGUAUAGAAACUGUUCCAUUUGAGAAAUCUCUUAAUCGAGUUUUAGCAGAGGAUGUACAUGCUCUAGAACCAGUUCCGCCAUUUAGAGCUUCGAUUAAAGACGGUUACGCUGUAAGAGCAGAAGACGGAGCUGGAAUUAGACGCAUUAAAAAUGUAGCUGCUGCUGGUGAUAAGCCAUUUGAAAACGAAUUACAAUCACAAGAGGCAGUAAGAAUAUCUACUGGAGCUCCCGUGCCUGCUGGUGCCAAUGCUGUAGUUCAAGUCGAAGAUACUUCUGUAGUAGAAGCUUCUACUGACGGUAGUAUAGAAGUUUCUGUUAAAAUUGAAGUUACUCCACGCUUAAAUCAGGACAUACGACAAAUUGGAAGCGAUGUACAACAGAACUCUCUAGUUUUAAAUAAAUAUCAUCGGAUUCAACCCUUCCAUAUUGGAGUUUUGGCUAUGUUAGGAAAAACUAAAGUGAAAAUAUAUAAGUGUGCAACUAUUGGAAUUAUUUCUACUGGUAAUGAAAUUUGUGACCCUGGAGAAGCACUGGAACCAGGAAAAAUUAGAGAUGCUAAUAAAGUAACUUUGAUGAAUCUGCUGAAACAAUAUAGUUACAACCCAAGAGAUUGUGGUGUAGCCAAGGACAAUCCAGAUUCCGUUAAAUAUGCUUUAGAAAAAGCAUUCACACAAAAUGACGUGGUCAUUACUAGUGGAGGAGUUUCUAUGGGUGAAUUUGAUGUUAUUAAACAAGUUCUAUUAGAAGAUUUUGGAGCUACAAUCCAUUUUGCUCGAGUGAAUAUGAAACCUGGGAAACCGACUACUUUUGCAACACUUAUUUAUAAAGAAAAGAGGAAAAUCUUCUUUGGAUUACCUGGAAACCCAGUAUCAUGUGGUGUUACAUGUUUGUUGUACAUAAUUCCUGUUUUACGAUAUAUGGAAAACUCUGUUAAUUUUAAAUUUCCAGUAAUACGUGCAAAAGCACCAAAUUUAAAGAAUAAUGAUCCUCGUCCAGAGUAUCACAGAGUUCAAGUAAAAAUUAGUCCUGAUUCGGGCGAAUUAGUAGCAUAUUCUACUGGAGAUCAAAUAAGUAGUCGGUUAAAUAGCCUCAUAGGAGCAAAUGGAUUAGCUGUGGUCAAACAAAAUCAUGAUGAUACAUUAUACUACGAAGUGAUGUUGUUCGAUGAGCUUAUUGGAUUUAGUUAAUUGAUUAAAUUAUAUAUUGUCGUAUACUUACCCCCUUUUGUCUCUGGGUGAAAUAUUAUAAUUUUUUUAAAAAUAUACUUAUAUAAGAUGUGUAUCAAGUAGAACUACAAUUUAAAAAUAAUUUGUAAUAUACAGGAUGUUCUUUAUUUA